CUGAUUGGACGGAAGUAUGUUGCGAAUGGCGGAGGCGCUGAGGCGGGUGCUAAACCUGGGAAGCUCGGCAGAGUCUGAGUCGGAGUAUACAGCAGAGGCUGGAUCGCCUUUGCUGCUGCUCGGCGGUCCAGGGUCUGGAAAGACGGCGCUGCUAUUCGCGGCGGCCCUGGAAGCGGCAGGAGAGGGCCGAGGCCCCGUCCUCUUCCUGACCCGGAGGCCUCUUCAAAGCCUGCCCCGCGGGAGAAGAGCGGCGCUCGACCCCCUGCGGCUACAGAAGAUCCGCUUCCAGUACCCACCGUCAACCCAUGAACUCCUUCAGCUUCUGUGCUCUGCCCAUGAGGCCCGGGGCCCAGCCCCCUCCCUCCUGCUGCUGGAUGGCCUAGAGGAGUACCUAGUGGAAGACUUGGGGCCCCAGGAAGCGGCGUACUUGGCUGCCCUGCUUCUAGACACAGCUGCCCACUUCAGCCACCGGAUUGGGGCUGGCCAGGGCUGUGGGCUCAUUGUGGCCCUCCAGAUCCAGGAAGAGGGAGACAGUGGGGAAGCCCUGCAGCUGUCGCUGGUCCAGCGGUAUUUCCCUGCCCAGUGCUGGCUGCAUGUGGAUGCAUCAGGGCCAGGACAGCACUGCCUCCGAGCCUGCCUGGAUCCAGGCGGGCAGGGUCCCAGAGCAGAGUGGUGGUUGGCUUUCCGACCAGAUGGAGAGAUGACAGUCACCCCAUGGCCUGCCCAGGCCGGUAAGCCCAGCUCAGACAAAGGUUCAAGUUCUGAAGGCCAGCCUUGAGUUUUGGAAUGUGCCCAACCUCUCUAUGCCUCGGUUUCCCAUGGCGGGAAUACUUAACUUCAGGGACAUGUGCAGAUUCAAAGACCUAAAGAAUAUAAAGUGCCUUUUCUCUUUUGAUAAAUAGCAUUAUCAUGUACUUAUUUUGCCCAGUCAGCAUAUUGUUUUGCUUUUUGAAUUUUAUAAAAAGUUUCAUGAUAAAUGUAA